AUGGAGGAUGGAUUCAUAAUAGAUCAUGGAAUAUCGGAUGAAAAAGAAGAAUAUUGUAUUCGUCUGUUUCAGAGUCAGACACAGAAGUUCUCUGCAAAUGAAGCGGACCAAUUACAGUUACUACUAAAUGAAGUAGUAGAGAAAUAUUUAAUUGUUUUAGACAACUGGCAGCAAGAAGUUUACAAUAUAAGAAACGCACAUCAUAAAAUAUGGAUGGAUAGUCGAGUGACCAGAAACAUAAUUCAACACAGGGCUGGAAGUCGAGUUGAAUCGCAAACACGAAUACUUCCAGCUGGAAAAGAUACCGAUGUGGAUUACAUGUUUGAACUGGACGGAAUAGAAGUGAACUGUGAUAAUGAAUGUAAAGAUAUAUACUGGAAACCAAGUGCUGAAUCACUUGCAUUUGGAGCAAUUUUUGUCCAAAAGCAUUAUAGAGACAUUCUAGAAAAAAACAAUGCUGACAUAUUUACUGCAGACACGUUUGAAUGGAAUACAGUUGAGAACGCCUUUAAUUUGGUGCCCAGUAUAUUUAAAGAGAAUGUCGUUAAAGCUAGCCAUUUCGAUUUCGAGAAAGAUAAAAAGGUCUCGGCAACUUGUCCAUCAGUGGCAGGGAAAGGGGUUAUAAAUGAAUAUGAUACUGUUCCCUGUCUAAGAUUAAAAAAAUGGCCGUGCAUAGCUUCUACAUGGAAUCAACGAGGCCCUGUUCUUGAGAAAUUUGUAAUAAAUUCUAAAUGGAAAGAUACCAUAGUAAAUUCAAUUCCUCUUUUUCUUGUUUCAACUGGAAAUCCUUUGUCGUCUAACAAAGACAAAGAAUUCCGACUUUCUUUUUCAAUGGCUGAAAUUUCGUGUUUUGAUCGUCUUACUCAGAAAAUGAGAACAAACUAUGGAAUUGCAAAAUACGUUUACAAGCGACUUUUUUCCGAGGAAAAUUAUGAUUUGUUGAGUUCUUACCAUCUUAAAACUAUUUUCCUCCAUAUGGUAGAAGAAUUAAGUGAAGAUAAAUGGGAGAACAUGACUUCACUAAAUUUUAUCAGAGUAUUUUUUAGCGAGAUAAAAAGUAGCAUAAUGAAGCAAAAUAUAUCCCAUUAUUUUAUAAAGGCAUGUAAUGUCUUUCCUCUUCAUAAAACUUCAGGGGGCAAAGAAAAAUAUUAUCAUGACAAAUUUCUGAAUGAGAUGCAUAUCAUUUCAAAAACCAUUUUGGAAUUGCUUUGCAGCGAUCUCGAAAUACCAAAUGACUAUUCAAAAACACUGGAAUUUGCAAUUAGGAACAUCAAUCAGCUUGAAACAUCUGAUAAAAUGGAACGAUAUAUCGCCGGUUAUUUGACACGUCUUUUAAGCAUGACAACAUAUUCGUUGCAUGAAAACUAUCUAAAAGGACAGUUAAAUGAGGCUUGUGACAGUGUUCGAGAGAUUUUAUGUAAAUUGUUGAUGGAGUCAGAACCAACAGUUUCUGCUUAA